AUGCAGAACGCACAGCACGCUCAGCAGGCUGCCAACGCCCUUCCGUACAUGCUGGGAUACGACCAGUGUCCUGCCAUUCAGGCGCAUCUAACGCAAAUUGCAAUAGGUCAGACGGCUUACGAGGAGGUAGUAGAUCACGCAUGGUUGAACAUCCUCGCUCAUUGCUUCGGAACCGAGAAUUUUGCAGUUGAGAGGGAAGCGUUUGUCGAUCCCGGUAACUCGAAUGACAGGGCUAACGUAUCUGUGAGCCAUGUCAGGAACAACGUGCUGAAUAAAGUCAUCGUGGUUGAAGCAAAGCGGCCGACCUUGACGGAGCCGACCACCCACAAAUGGACUUCGGUCCGUCGACAGCUUCAGCGCAACAUGCUGACUAUUAGGGCCAAUGCAACAACCGUGCAGACUAUGGAUUGGUGUCCCGGUGCUGCGGUGUUUGAUUUGAGCGCCAAUGCUGCUCGGAUUCAGGGUAUUCUUCGUUUAAAAAAGUGGACGAUUAUGAAUAACAGGAACGAUUACUGA